UUAUCAAUUUAUUAUUAUACCGUUGCUUGUACAGGAAAGUGGGAGAAAUUAAAAUUAUCUUUCGCGUUAUCUCGUCCGAUUUUUUUAACGAGGUAUAUAUAUGAUAUUUCAUUAGGAGAAUUGUAUACAGUGAUUGACCACAUCCUGUGAUUGUGCAAUAUCUAACCGUUGUCGAUAACCGCGUCGGUACAAAAGGAGCUCGUUAAGCCGCGCAUUGGAAAGAGUGCGUGCAUCUGGAAUACAAUAAUAAUAAUAAUAAUAAUAAGAUGAGUGCGGGCGAGGACGAUCGGUCGAGGUUGAUCGCGUCGAUCGAGAACGGGGACGUGGAAACGGCAAUACGUAUCUUCACGGAGAGAUUCGAUAAGAAAUUGUUGAAACCGGUGGGCGUGCUUUACGUGACCGCCGUUCAAUUGGCGGCUUGGCAGGGCGAGAUCGAGCUGUUGGAUUUGUUCUACAGAAGCGGGGCCGAUAUCAACGCCACGGACAAGAUUGGAAGAUGCGCGCUGUUCCACGCGGCCCAUCGUGGAAAUUACGAGGUGGUGAAUUGGCUGUUGGAGCACGGGGCUUACACGGAAAACAGGGUCGGGAUAGAGGCUUGUUACAAGAAAAUCCCUGGCUCCAGUUCGCUCAACAUUGGUCGAAACCUGCCUACGCCAGAAUGUUGGGGAAGAACGGCGAUGCACCAAGCGGUGAAGAACAAUCACCCCGAGGUGGUGAGGAUGUUGGUAAACGCUGGGGCCGACGCGAACGUUAGAGACGAUCGUGGGAUCACGCCGUUGCUCUUAGCAGGGUCCAAAGUCGAGAGGGAGGAUUCGAACGAGAUUUCCAAAUAUAACUGCAUCAUCGAGAUCCUUGUAUCGGCAAAAGUUUGCAUUAACGUCGUUCAUCCUGACACAGGUACCACUGCAUUACAUUCUGCAGUCCUGCUAGGAAGUCUCUUGGCAACGAGAAGGUUACUGAACGGUGGUGCAUGUCCUCUUUAUCAAUGCAAAAGCACAGGAAGCACUCCUCUUCAUCUAGCUGCCAACGCGGGCAACCCGGAGAUACUUUCGAUCCUUCUAGAAAGCAUAUCUUCUCAUCAAAUCGAUAUUCGAGAUAACAUUGAUCGAACGCCAUUGCACAGAGCAUCUUACCAAGGAAAUUCGAAAUGCGUUGAGAUAUUGAUCGAUCAUGGUGGAAAUUUAGCCGCGAAAACCGGGACAGGAGUUACCGUCAUCGACGCGAUAUUCGCCCACAUACCGACACCUGUCCUGCUCCUGAACGACAUUCUCGACUCUUGCGUUAAAAUGAAUUGCAACGGAAAUUCUCAGAUCAUCGUUGACUUCAACGUGCUGGCGCCGAAAGGGGAGCUGCAAAUGGGAGUAGUUACGUCCCUUAUUGCAGCAGCCUCGAGCGUGGAACAAUUGACGAUACUGCAACAUCCGCUGGUUGAAACGUUCCUCUGGCUCAAGUGGUCCAAGCUGAGAAUCUUCUUCUUCACUCUCGUCUUUAUCCACGCCCUGCUGGUCCUUUCCCUGUCUGGUUACUCCAUAACGAUACAGUACCACCAGACUGAUUGCACCCCGUUGCGAAGGAUCCUCGCUUCCUGUUCGACGAUCAUCCUCCUUCAUUACACAAUUCAGGUGUUGAUGGUGCCUAAAUAUUAUUUGAGACAAUUAGAGACGUGGUUGUCGUUCGCAUGCUCCGUCAUAUCGUUCACGAUCUCGAUGAACGAAGAUCGUGGAACCGAGAUCACGACCUCGCCGGGGGGAGAAGGAUUGAACGCCCGUCACCCCCCGCAGUGGGUCUUGCACACCAUCAGCCUGGCGAUCCUUGUUGCCUGGAUGCAAAUGAUGUUGUUAAUCGGUCGCCUCCCAAUGUGCGGAAAUUAUGCGCUCAUGUUCUCCACCGUGCUGAAGAAUAUUCUGAAGGUUCUCCUAGCGUUCGUCUGCCUGAUUGUCGGAUUCGCGUUCAGCUUCGCCGUUUUGUUCCACGGGAACGACCAGUUUCGCAAUUCCUGGAGGGCCGUCGUGAAGACCGUGGUAAUGAUGAUGGGUGAGUACGAGUACGGGGAUCUGUUCUCGGACGAGAAGAAUGGGAGUUCCUUCCUAACAGCCACGAGCAGGGUCGUGUUCCUUGCUUUCGUCAUGCUCGCUAGUAUAGUCCUGAUGAACUUGAUGAUCGGCCUCGCGGUCAAUGACAUCCAAGGUCUCGAGAAGGAGGGUCACAUUCGCCAGUUGCUGAAGCAGGCCGAGUUCGUGGGCCAUUUAGAAAGGCUGACAUCACAUAGAAUCUUUCGCGGCAAUUGGCUACAUCCUCGGUUGGCCAGACUGCUGGACUCGAGGCGCGGCAUUCCCACAAAAAUUACGUUCGGCUAUCACAAAUGUUAUUUGCAUGAAUCAUUCCCCGGCAUCCCGUCCAGGCUGAGAGAAGCGCUGUUCCUGCUAGCCACGGAGAACUCGCGCCGCUUCGAAAGCGGGCGUGAAAAUAACAACGAUAAAGUGGAGUUAAGAACGCUGUUGGAACAAGUGUUGCUGCAAUUAAGGAUGAGUCAUACGUACGGUAUUGGAUAUAAGUUUCCAAAACACAUUGGCAUGAAAAGUCAAAUAGACAGAAGGAAAAGUGCUAUAUAAUUUGUGAAAAAUGAAAUAUUUGUAUAACUGAUUGUAUUAAGUAUUUGUUAUAUUAUUAUUGAGUUUAACGCAUGAAAUAUAAUUAAUCGUAUGAAAUAUGCAUAUUUGACGAACAUAACAUAAAGAUAUUAUAAAUGAAUUUAUAU